AUGUCCCCUCCACCAAGAGACAUCUACGAGCACGAUGUCGACUUUACCGAAUUGGCAUUACAGGAUCCGGCCUUUGCGAAGAAAUUGAAGCCGAACAAGCAGCUUGACUUUUCAGAUCCAGAAAGUGUCCUGUAUGAUCUCUCUACUCUUGGUACUCUCUUCUGCGUUAUCUGUCCUUUGUUAGUCAAUGAUGUACCUCUGCUAAAGAAGGUGGAUUUCGUUUCGUCGCGAGCCAUUCCUUCGAUCCAGGCUGUGGGAGCGCUUGCUGAUCUUUCUGCUGUUUUCCACGGCCAGACAAUUGACCAAGUCACUUCUCCAUCGGGAUUUUGA